AGAAUAAACAGCGUGGUAUUAAAAUACAAGAUGGCGACCAAUGGAAAGGGUCUAAAAAGGAAGAGAAGGCCCAAAGAUGUCUGCCCCAAUCCACUUUUUGUCAAAUGGUUGGAAGAAUGGAGGGACGAGGCAAUUGAAAAUGGUUGGAAAACAAGCUAUACUUACAACAAGGUCCUUUAUUCCUUAAAAAGGUAUCCUCUUCCGAUUAAUAGUGGGCAAGAAGCGAAAGUCUUAGAAUACGUUGGUGAUAAAGUUGCAAAAAAACUUGACGAAAGGAUAAGGGACCAUAUUGCUAGUGGAGGUAAAAUGGCUGAUCUCCAUACCAACACAGAUGAACAGCUGCCUCCUACUAAAAGGCGGCAAUCAAAUUCGUCGAAACCAUCUAGUACUAACAAGACUCAUUCUGAUACUACUGGACCUCGUACUCAUACCGAAGAAACUCAUACUGGUUCCAAUAAGAGGAAGCAAUCUAAUGUUAAUGAUCCUUCCGAUUCUCCUUUGUGUCCUUCAUCAAAGAGAUCAAAAUCAAGUAAAGAGUAUGUACCAAAGUACAGAUCUGGUCCUUAUGCUCUUCUUAUUGCAUUGAUAGAGUCAGAACAGGAUGAGGAGUAUGGGAAAGGAUUCAUGUAUAAGAAUGAACUGAUCGAUGCUGCUCAAGAACACUGUGACUCAUCAUUCACUGUGCCUGAUGAGCCUAAUUCUUAUUAUACUGCCUGGAGCUCAAUGGCAAAUCUCAUUAAGAAAGAGCUAGUAGUGAGAUCUGGCCAUCCUCCAAAGUUUUCACUAACGGAUGCAGGAACAUCCCUCUCUCUGAGAUUGCUAGAGAAAUCCAAGAGUGGAAUGACAGGAUUAACAAGCUCUCAGGCUAGCUCAGCCUCACAGUCGUGUAUCGAUAAUACAAGAGGAAGCCAAGUCACUACUUGUAGCCAGUCAACCUCUCGUUCGCUGAGCGUCUCUCUAAGCCCGCUAAAACUCACCACGCCAUCAAAAAGGAAGACUAUCUCAAUAAUGGACAGUGAUGAUGAUGAUGAUGACAUUGUUGAGAUAUUGCCAUUAGCUCAAAGGCUAGGCCUGCACAAGACGCAGCGGCUCAAAUCUUCCCAGACCCAGCCACUGAAAUCUUCCCAGACCCAGCCACCAAAAUCUUCCCAGGCCCAGCCACCUAAAUCUUCCCAGACCCAGCCACCGAGAUCUUCCCAGUCCCAGCCACCCAAAUCUUCCCGAACCCAGCCACCCAAAUCUUCCCAGACCCACCCACCCAAAUCUUCCCAGACCCAGCCACGAAAAUCUUCCCAGACCCAGCCACCCAAAUCUUCCCAGACCCAGCCACCAAAAUCUUCCCAGACCCAGCAACCGAAAUCUUCCCAGACUUUGACCCAGUCUUCCACCAUGUCUCAGGUUCAAACUGAAGACCAUGCAGAGCCUCGGUGUUCCCAGCAGUCUCUUACGGUCAUUCCUCCUCUUGCUCCUUCAACUAGUUCUGCAAUGCCUGAAGAGACAACUUCUGUUGACUUUUCAUCUCCACUAUUCACUCUAAGACCAGGUCAGUUUGAAGUAUUACUUUGCAUUGAUAAUUCUGAGUCAUCAGCUAAUAGAAAGUCAAAGGCAAAUUUUCGUGGUCUUUUGCUUGAGGAACUCACUAAAAAUGGGGUUAAAUUUAGCGUGAGGAAUCUGAACAUUGGCGACUUUUUGUGGAUUGCUAAAGAGAUUGUCAGUGCAGAUCCAGACCAAUUGAGGCUACCUGAAUCAAGGGAGAUUGUCCUAGAUUACAUCAUUGAAAGAAAGAGAAUGGAUGAUUUGUCCGAUAGCAUCAUUGACAGAAGAUUCCACGAGCAAAAGUUUAGAAUGAAGUUGUGUGGUGUAGCUAACCCAGUGUACCUCGUUGAGGAUUAUGGUGACAUUGCUCACUGCAAAGUAUCCCAAAGAGGACUCUAUCAAGCUAUCACUAACACACAGGUAAUAGAUAGUUUCUUUAUUAAGCAGACAAAAGACAUCAAAGGCUCAAUCAGUUAUCUAACUAUCAUGACAAGACAACUCCAAAAGAAAUACAUAAAUGAGACCAUUAAAGCCUUUCCAGUUGAAACACUUCAACAACUUCAAAAGCAGACAUGUCCAUCAAAACCACCAUUCGUUUGUGGAAUGCCUUUUGAUAAAUUCAAUGAAGCUUCAAUCAAAAACAAAGUUUCAACAGUGUCUGAGAUAUUUGCUAGACAAUUAAUACAGAUACCUAAUUCGUCCGCUGAUAAAGCUCACGCCAUCAUACAGCAGUACCCCACAAUGUCCGACUUAUAUGAAGGCUACUCAAAGUGUUCUGACGAGAAGGAGAGAGAGAAUUUGUUGUCUUCCGUUCGCUUUGGAACAUCUAAAAGGAAAAUUGGAGCAGUUCUUAGUAAAAUCCUUUACUCUCUUUACUGGAAAGGAGAAUGAACUAUUAUAUUAUGAUCAUGUGAAUUAAAACUAAAGAUUCAAUCUCUUAUAUCAUGGGCUGUACAUAUCAUUUAUGACCAAUGUUAUUUUUCAUAAUAAAAACCCGGUCCACUCAAUUUUA